CAACGACCCGGUCGGGUUCGGACCCCGGUUGCUUGCUUCCGCUUCGACGAAAUCCGAUCUCGUGGCCACGGCCGGCACACACCACCACUCUCCCUCCUUGCCUUCCACAGCCGGAGCCCGGAAGUCCUCCACAGCCACUCCUCCCCGCAAAAUGCCCACCACCACCACCUAAACCCCACCUCCAAACCACCCCGCCAUGGCCGCCGCCUCCAUCUCUCUCUCCCUCCACCUCUGUCUCCGCCCGCCCCUCCCUCCUCCCCGCAGGAGGCCCCUGCGCCAUGCCCCCUUCCUCCUCCUCGCCCCUUCCCCCCUUCACCACCGCCUCCGCGUCGCCCCAGGCCGCCCCCAGCCCCCGCCCUCGUGGCGCCCCGACGUGAGGGCGCGCGCGGGAACUAUCCAGACGCCGACGCUCGCGCGCCCCGGCGGCGCCGUCGAGACCGACCGCCUCCCCUCCGACGUGCGGGACCGCGCCAUGGAGGCGAUCGACCACUUCGGCGGUCGCGUCACCAUCGGCGACGUCGCCUCCCGCGCUGGCCUGCAGCUCGCGCAGGCCGAGCGCGCACUUCAGGCGCUCGCCACCGACACCGAGGGCUUCCUGGAGGUGUCGGACGAAGGAGAGUUGCUGUACGUCUUCCCAAAAGACUACCGGGCAAAGCUGGCUGGCAAGUCGUUUAGGAUGCGGGCCGAGCCUCUGGUGGAGAAAGCCAAGGAAGUGGGCGCGUAUUUGGUAAGGGUUUCAUUCGGGACAGCGCUCAUUGCCUCCAUUGUGCUGGUGUACACUACCAUCAUUGCCAUUCUCUCAAGCUCAAGCACUUCCUCUUCUACUAGCAGUGAUGAGGAUAAUCGUGGUAGGCGGCGGAGAUCUUAUGGUUCUACCAUCAUCAUUCCAACGGAUUUGUUUUGGUACUUGGAUGCAGAUUAUUACAGAAGGCGUCGAGUAGAAAAAGAAAACGGGAUGAACUUUAUUGAAUCUGUAUUUUCAUUUGUGUUUGGGGAUGGUGAUCCAAAUGAUGGGCUUGAAGAAAAGCGGUGGAAGAUGAUUGGGCAGUAUAUUUCAUCAAAUGGUGGAGUUGUUACAGCUGAAGAACUGGCACCGUUUCUUGAUGUGCCACCACCGUCAGAAGAGUCCAAGGAUGAUGAAUCAUUUAUUCUUCCUGUUCUUUUACGCUUCCAGGGACAUCCAGAAGUUGAUGAGCAGGGAAACAUUUUGUAUCAAUUCCCAUCACUGCAACGCACUGCUUCAUCAAAAGGUGGUGGGAGUAGGGAAUAUGUAGGUACCAAAUGGUCUGCAAUGUUUAGUGGAGUUGAAAAGUACUUAGAGGAGAAAUCUUGGAAAUUCAGUAAAGCAAAUGCAUCAGAGAAGGCAAUGGUUGCUGGUUUGGGAGGACUCAAUCUUUUCGGUGUCAUCAUUCUCGGAAACUUGUUGAAGCAAAUGACAGUGACACCAGGUGGACUUAUUUCAUUUGCUGCACAGUUAUAUCCUUUGCUUCAGAUAUACGCCGGCUCCUUUUUUGCAAUACCAUUAUUUAGAUGGUUUCUGCUACGCAAGACCAACAACGAUAUUAGGGGGAGAAAUAAAGCCAGAGAACAACGAGCUCAGGAACUUGUGUCACCAGAUUCUUCUCUCAGAAGAAAGUUGCUCAGUGCACGUGACAUGGCUCAACGGAAAGUAAUUACACCAGAGGAGAUUGUCUACACUACUGAAAAGGAUCUAUUGGAUCAGGAUUAUGAAUUCAAGGAGUGGAAUAGGAGAUUUAAGGGACUUGAUUCAGAGUGAUGGAUAUACUUGACACAUAGUAGCUCUACAUGGUCCUUUGGUCAGGCUGGAUGAUAAUUUUUAUCUGCAUCCAAUUGAAUUGAGAAUAGAUCUGACUGAACCAUUCAAUCAAGUGAAAUUGGAUGGUUCUGGGACUCACUAAUAGGCAUACCGUCAUUUGGCCAUGAAAGUUUUGCGGAAGCUGCUGGCUUAGUUUGAACCGACCAAGGUAGGCAGCUGAUGUACAUAUUUGUGACAUUAAUCUGCACAAAUCUGCAUAUUUGUAUAGGUAGUUCCAUGCGCUGGAUUGGAGAUUGAAUUCAGAAUUCGACACGAGAAGCGGGGAUAUGAUGUUACUCGGUUUGAAUGGAGCCCCAUCAGAAUAUGUAAAAAGAAUACGCCUGUAGAGAGGGCCCCUCAGGACUUUGGGCAUUCGUUUCAAAUUCUCUCUUCAGAGAUAGGCAUACUGUAAUAACCUUCAGGGAGUCAACUCAUGAUUGGAAGUGACAGUUUCUAGCGUUAACCUGAAAAUAUGUAGCAGUGCUUUUGUCAAUUGAUUCUCUAAGCUGUCAAGGGCAUCCAUAUGAAAAAUGAUGUAAUUCCAAUUGAAAGAGCUUCCUGC